AUGAGUCUCGAAAGCAUGAGAGAGCAGAGAAUUCAGUCACUGAAAUUUCAAGUCAUAAAAGAGAUCAGCAGAAGAUACAACCUUUCCGACCUGAUUGUGAAUUACUCUGGCCCGGCUCCGGAAGAUCAUGAGGUGAAAAUUGAUGCAGAGGAUGCAAUUGAGCUCGAAAAUUCAAAAUGUGAGGUGGCUAAAACAGGCGAAAAAAGUAAAGUCAUCAUUCAUUCACCGCAAAAAUCAUAUCAAGAAUCGGCUCAAUUUACGAGCGCCCGGCUCGCAACCGAAAUUCCCGGCCACCUCUGCGGCCAUAUCUGGCUGAGUUUCAGCUCUCGUGACAUCUCAUUUUUCGAAAACGGCCACGUGAAAAGCGCCCAUUUGAUGUUCUACAAGUUGCCGAACCCGAACAACCAUCAAAAGCGAUUUCCCAAGAAAGCGAAUGAAAAUUUAGUCAGGAAACUUCAUCUUAACAUCAAGAUGAAGUUACUCGCCGGGGUUUUGGCCGGGUGGGUCUCUGCCCAAUACCCGUACUACGAUUACGAUCAAAUCUACACCGGCAAGUCGCAGGCCGAUCAGUCCGGAGGAGCUCUCUUCACCGGGCAUACCAACUCGCCCGAAGUUGCCUCUGUCGCCCGAGCCCUCGGAAACGGACGAAUCUGCUGGUCGUGUCUUGAGGAGUCAUACGCCAAUUGCUUGGGUGCCUCCGCUGUUCGAGGCGAUAGCGAGCGACACGGCGCCGUCUACUGCCAAGGUGAAGAUUACUUCUGCUACAUCUCCGAGCGACGAAUCAUCCGUCACGCCGAGAACGAGUGGAACUACGAGCAAGGAGCUCCAUGGCAAACUGUUAGCGCAGUUGAUCAUGGAGAGCUUCUCAAUGGCGCUGCUUCAGGCCCAACUGAGGUUCGAGUCCAGAUGGGUUGCCAGCAGCCGCUGAGCUGCCUCCGUCAGCAAUGGCAAAACUACCAGAUCCAGAUCGGUGUUGCUUUCCAUCAGGAUAACCCAACACAGGUUGACGCCCAGUACGUCCCUGUUGGUUCCCAGACCGAGGUCAGAUCCGGAGCUUGCCGACACCAUUACGCCUGGAACGAUCACGAAGACGGUACCUUCACUGUUGACGACGAGUGGCGAGCGUUCUCCUGGAUGGAGGCCGACACUCAGAGCGGCAACAGCAAGGCUAGCGCUCAAGGAUGGGGCGAUCGACGAUUCGGAGCAACUGAACGUCAUUUCCAACGAGGCAAGGGUACCGAAUCCGUCUGCCACUACUGUUGCGAUCCAUACCUGGAGUACGACGCUGAAGGAUGCAACCACGUCGCUGCCGAGGGCUUUGUCGAUAGCGGAGCUGGUCAAAUCACCGAUUUCUCCGCUGGUGUCAAGGACUCCAACAUCUUCCUCAAGCGGCCCGCCAAUGAUCACUCCAAGGACUGGAGCUCCAACACCAACUUGCCCCAGUACCACGGUGCCUUCCGAAACCCCCACACCCAAGUGGCCAAGGGUAUCCUCGCAUAA